CUUCCGGCCGCGCCGUCCUGGGGUGCGCGGUGAGGUCCUCCCGGUACCUGGAGCGGCUCGGAUUCCCCGUGCAUUUGCAGAUUGCCCAGAUCCCACGUGGGAUACCUAUGGGACAUGAAAGAUGCUCCUUAAACUUAAAAAAACAAAGGCCAGUAACAGAGGGUUUAACGUGUGGCCUAACAACCAGAAUCCCAGAGGAACCAACAUUCCUGCUACCCACAGCCUCAUCGUUAGUCUGUCUCUGGAGCCUGUACGAUGACCAAGGUGGUAGGCAUGGCCACAGUUCUGGGCCCCAGGCCUUCAAGGGAGCUGGUAGGGCCUGUGACUGUGAAAUUCGAGGAGGAGGAAGAGAGAGGGAAGCGCCUUCCUAGCGUGGAGAUAUUCCGUCAGCGUUUUAGACAGUUUGGGUACCAUGACACCCCUGGACCCCGAGAGGCCCUGAGUCAACUCCGUGUGCUCUGCUGUGAGUGGCUGAGGCCUGAGAUCCACACCAAGGAGCAGAUCCUGGAGCUGCUGGUACUGGAGCAGUUCCUGACCAUCCUGCCCCGAGAACUCCAGGCCUGGGUGCAGGAGCACUGCCCGGAGAGCGCUGAAGAGGCCGUCUCUCUCCUGGAAGAUCUGGAGCAGGAGCUGGAUGAGCCAGAACUACAGGUUUCAACUUCCUCAAAACAACAGAAAAAGAAGCCACCUUCAGGAGCAGCAAAGGAGUCACUAAACAGUGGGGAGCUCCAGCCUGUGGAGAGCAGUGACAAGUACGAGUCUUGGGGGCCCCUGUACAUCCAAGAGACCGGUGAGGAGCAGGAAUUCACUCCGGAUCCAAGAAAGAUUCAAGAUUAUAAAUCGAAUAUCCACAAUGAGGAAUCAACAGAUGAGCAGAAAACUUCUGAAGAAGAAUGUCAUGCAGAUGGACUCCAAAGGGAUAUUAUUCCUGUGAUUAUUGCCAGUAAGCAUGAAGCCAGGUUAGAAAGGCAGUGGGUAAACCCUGGGAAGGAAAGAGGAUCAAAAGCCUCUCUUCAAGACACAGGCUUGAAGAAAUCAGAAUCAGUUCCUACCAAACCUACCCCAGGAGAGAGACGUUACAUAUGUGCCGAGUGUGGAAAAGCCUUUAGUAAUAGCUCGAAUCUCACUAAACACCGAAGAACACACACUGGGGAGAAACCCUAUGUAUGCACCAAGUGUGGGAAAGCUUUCAGCCACAGCUCCAACCUCACCCUUCAUUACAGAACACACCUGGUGGACCGGCCCUAUGACUGUAAGUGUGGCAAAGCCUUCGGGCAGAGCUCAGACCUCCUCAAGCAUCAGAGAGUGCACACUGAAGAGGCGCCGUAUCAGUGCAAAGAUUGCGGGAAGGCUUUCAGUGGGAAAGGCAGCCUCAUCCGACACUAUCGAAUCCACACUGGGGAGAAGCCGUAUCAGUGUAAUGAGUGUGGGAAGAGCUUUAGUCAGCACGCAGGUCUCAGUUCGCAUCAGCGACUGCACACUGGAGAGAAGCCAUACAAAUGUAAGGAGUGUGGGAAAGCCUUCAACCACAGCUCAAAUUUCAAUAAGCAUCACAGAAUCCACACUGGGGAAAAGCCCUAUUGGUGUAGUCUUUGUGGGAAAACCUUCUGUAGCAAGUCAAAUCUUUCCAAACACCAGAGAGUCCACACGACAGAGGGAGAAGGCUCCUAACUGCCAAGUACACAUUGCUAUUGUGUUCUUCUGUUUAUAUGUUCCUGUUUAUGUUUUUUUUUUUAAACCUUUAGAAUGUGAAUGCUAGGGAGAAGCUCUGUAAUGCAGUGUCAGCCCUGGUGAUAGAUUCGCUUCACUUGACCUCACAAGAUGCCCAAAGAGGGAGCUGUGCAGUCGGCAGGAGGUCCUUUUGCGUCUGUGGGGUCCUCACCGGCCAGCUCGCAGCAGAUUUCCCUUCCCCACACUUCCAGGCCCGAAUAAACUAGGCUGGCAUUGCCUUCUGCAUAGUUAAACUGAUGUGUAUCCAGUGUAAUUAAGAAAGGAACAGUAAAACUUUUAACUGUUUUUAACAUAUUCAAGGAUUAAAAUUUGUAAAAAAAAAAAAAAAAAAAUUAGCCUCAUUGAACACAGUUUAAUUGGAUUCAGAAUAAAGUUAAAACAUGUAA